AUGGUAGAAGGGGUAUUGAUUCAUUCAGAGGGGGAAGAAGAGAGGCUCUUUGGGGGUAAUUUUCUCUUGUUUCCUGACUGGCGAAGGCUGGCACCGAUUGAGCCUUGGUUUUUGACUGCUUCUUUCUUUGCUUCUUCGACGCCUACUUUUUGCCAGUUCUAUCCUCUGUUCUUUCAACCUCGUUUCUUCCGUUUCAUCUACAUUGCUAUCGCUAUUUCGAUUGCUUUCCUUUCCUCCCCCAACCCUUUCCACCACACCAAUAAUUUCUUUUUGCCCAAUCUCCAGGUUGCUACCAUAAUAAUCAUCAUUGCCAUCUAUCUAUCUAUCUAUCUAUCUAUCUAUCUAUCUAUCUAUCUAUCUAUCUAUCGCAAAGCUGGGUCAGUCUAUCUAUCUAUCUAUCUAUCUAUCUAUCUAUCUAUCUAUCUAUCUAUCUAUCUCUUAGUCUAUCUAUCUAUCUAUUGUGUUGAUAUAAUUCGAUCCAUCUUGACCAAUUUGUUCAUAUCUCUCUAUCAUUCGAAACCCACGCUCUCUUUAUCCCUGUCUGUUUGUCUGUCUCUCUCAUUUCCUAUGUCUCUCUCUAUACAUAUCGUUCUAUCCCCCUAUCUUUCUACCCACAUAUCACACUCUGUCUUUCUGCCCUUUGCCUUUUUUGAUCUUGUUUACUUUUCUAUUUCUUCUUUUCGUUUUCCCUCUUCUUUUGACGUUGUUCUUUUUUUUACUCUUCCAUUUAUUUUCUAUAUGCACUUGGCUUUUUUCCUUCAACCAUUUACUUUAUUCUUCUUCAUUUUCUUCCUUUCACUUUCUUUCUUUUCAAUUUGCUCGAUUCUUCUUUCUUUUCCUUUUCCUUCUUUUGCCUUUGUUUCUUUUAUUUUAUUCUCUCUUUCGCUUUGUUUCUUUCGGCUUUUUUUUUCUCGCCGUGCUUUUCCUUUUUCCUUUCAUUACUUUCUUUUCCUUUGGCUUUGUUUAAUCUUCAUGCAAUAUCUUUUUUUUUUUGCUUUGCUUCUUCUUUUCGCUUUGCUUCUUCUUUUCGCUUUGCCUCUUCCUUUCGCUUUGCUUCUACCUUUCGCUUUGCUUCUUCUUUUCGCUUUGCUUCUACCUUUCGCUUUGCUUCUUCCUUUCGCUUUGCUUCUUCCUUUCGCUUUGCCUCUUCCUUUCGCUUUGCUUCUUCUUUUCGCUUUGCUUCUUCUUUUCGCUUUGCCUCUUCCUUUCGCUUUGCUUCUACCUUUCGCUUUGCUUCUUCCUUUCGCUUUGCUUCUUCUUUUCGCUUUGCUUCUUCUUUUCGCUUUGCUUCUUCCUUUCGCUUUGCCUCUUCCUUUCGCUUUGCUUCUUCUUUUCCUUUGCUUCUUCUUUUCCUUUGCCUCUUCCUUUCCUUUGCUUCUACCUUUCCUUUGCUUCUUCUUUUCGCUUUGCUUCUUCUUUUCGCUUUGCUUCUUCCUUUCCUUUCCUCCUUUGCUUCUUCCUUUCCUUUGCCUCUUCCUUUCCUUUGCUUCUUCUUUUCCUUUGCCUCUUCCUUUCCUUUGCUUCUACCUUUCCUUUGCUUCUUCCUUUCGCUUUGCUUCUUCUUUUCGCUUUGCUUCUUCCUUUCGCUUUGCCUCUUCCUUUCGCUUUGCUUCUUCUUUUCGCUUUGCCUCUUCCUUUCGCUUUGCUUCUACCUUUCGCUUUGCUUCUACCUUUCGCUUUGCUUCUUCCUUUCGCUUUGCUUCUUCCUUUCGCUUUGCUUCUUCCUUUCGCUUUGCUUCUUCUUUUCGCUUUGCUUCUUCUUUUCGCUUUGCUUCUUCUUUUCGCUUUGCCUCUUCUUUUCGCCUUCCUUCUAUUUUUCGCUUUUCAUCUACUUCUUCAUUUUGGCCGGGGUUAUUUUUUUUUUACAUAUUAAUUCCCUUCUACUUAUUCACCUUUUUCAAUUCUUUUAGCACUUCCUCUUCUUCUUCUUCUUCUUCUUCCUUCUUCUUCUUCUUCUUCUUCUUCUUCUUCUUCUUCUUCUAG